AUGACAUUCAACUACGAGUUCAAAGCCAGUUUGAGUCUCGCAUCAGCCGCAGCACUUGUACUAUCCAUUGGUGUCUUUGCCUGGAUAACAUCAACGAUUAGGAAAUGGCGUCUCUCCAACGACCUCAAGUCUGGCAUCAGAGAAGUGGAGAACCACGCUCAUAACGUGACGACGAAGACCCCUCUGGAACGGCUUGAAAACUUCGACUGGAAAGCCACGUCACCGAGGAAAUUCAGACCUUUCAAGCCGAUUUAUCACAUCACCAUGGCUCUGAGUGAAGCCCUGCAGUCCGAUACGCCGUCCGAUCUUGUCACAAUCGAUAAAGACUAUCUUGAACGGAUCAAUCUUCGCAAAAGCCUCAUCAAAAACCAUGGCCAGACGGUCCAUGGAUAUAUUCCAUCCGGCCAGGAUGCCGUGCAAGAGCUCUACAGCUACCUGAUGUCAGAAUACCUACCCACUCGAUAUCCCACAUUAUUCAAACUGCCGGAGAACAGCAGCAUCGUCAAGAAUCAGGUAACACGAGAUGAAUACUCAGUCGAACCCCCAAUUGAUACACUCGCUGCCCUACGCGCAGUAGGCACGUCGGUUGAAGAGGACAUUUUCAUCCUGAAACCAACACCUGAUGGACAUCAGUGUGUGGCAUUCAUGUGCUGCUUCCCAUCAGGGUGGAAUCCUGCCUCGAAGCUUGGGAAACAUAUGAACGCCAUCCACACCACCGUUCCAGCGUUUGGAAAAAUAGGACCUAGCAUGGAGCGUUUCUUCACAAAGCUGAAAGUUGGAGAGAGCGUUAAACGUGUCAAUGUAAAGUCUAUCUCGCGAACAAAGAAGGCUCAGAGUGUAUAA